CUAUCUCCAUGAGCUCUGGAGGCAGGGAAUGUCCAGGAUGCCCUGGUCCGUCGCUGGCCGCGAGUGUGUGGUGCCGGGAGGAAAAUGCUGGCCAUCCUUCUGGGCCGUUGGGACCAGGCAUGAUCACCCCAUGUUCUCAUCUUGCAUCACUGUAAGGAUUAUGCGGCCAGAUGACGCCAACGUGGCUGGCAACGUGCAUGGAGGAACCAUCCUGAAAAUGAUCGAGGAGGCGGGAGCCAUCAUCAGCACCCGGCACUGUAACAGUCAGAAUGGGGAGCGCUGCGUGGCCGCCCUGGCCCGGGUUGAGCGUACUGACUUCCUGUCGCCCAUGUGCAUCGGCGAGGUGGCUCACGUCAGCGCAGAGAUCACCUACACUUCCAAGCACUCUGUGGAAGUCCAGGUCAACGUGAUGUCUGAAAACAUCCUCACAGGUACCAAAAAGCUGACCAACAAGGCCACUCUGUGGUACGUGCCUCUGUCACUGAAGAACGUGGACAAGGUUCUCGAGGUACCUCCAGUUGUGUAUUCCCGGCAGGAGCAGGAGGAAGAGGGCCGGAAACGGUACGAAGCCCAGAAACUGGAGCGCAUGGAGACCAAGUGGAGGAAUGGGGACAUCGUCCAGCCCGUCCUUAACCCAGAGCCGAACACUGUCAGCUACAGCCAGUCCAGCUUGAUCCACCUGGUGGGGCCUUCAGACUGUACCCUGCAUGGCUUCGUGCACGGAGGUGUCACCAUGAAGCUCAUGGACGAAGUGGCUGGGAUCGUGGCUGCACGCCAUUGCAAGACCAACAUAGUCACAGCUUCUGUGGACGCCAUUAACUUUCACGACAAGAUCAGAAAAGGCUGUGUCAUCACCAUUUCUGGACGCAUGACCUUCACAAGCAAUAAGUCCAUGGAGAUCGAGGUCUUGGUGGACGCAGACCCCGUGGUGGACAACUCCCAAAAGCGCUACCGGGCUGCCAGCGCCUUCUUCACCUAUGUGUCCCUGAGCCAGGAGGGCAAGUCACUGCCUGUGCCUCAGCUUGUGCCUGAGACUGAAGAUGAGAAGAAGCGCUUUGAAGAAGGCAAAGGGCGAUACCUGCAGAUGAAAGCAAAGCGACAGGGCCAAACGGAGCCUCAGCCCUAGACCCCCACCUCUUGCCGUGGAACCUUGAGCAGCUGCGGCCACAACUGACCCACUUAGAAGUUACCCCCUUGGCCAAGCCCCCACUCACACUGAGAACUGGUGUUGUGUGAAGUAUUCGUAUCGCAGUGUUAACCUAUACUCUCUCCUGAAAACCUGUACACCAAAGCUUUAUUUAUAUCAUUCCAGUGUAAAUGCUACAAAAGUAUUGUCCCAAACGCCGGAUACAUUCCACGCAAGCCCUAGGGAAUAAUUCUGAGCACACUGUAAGGUAUGUGAAAAAUCCAGCACCACUAAUAAAGCUGCUGUUCAGCUGGA